UUACAAAAACUCAAACACCUAAAAGAUAAUCUCUUAAUUAUCUUAUACGUGAAUUAUCAAUAAUCUAUGUCGACGCUUCAUAAAUUAUGAGUCGGGUCAAAUCCGACCCCAUUUCCAACAUGGAGCAAGGAGGAGAUGAAUUUCACUGUCAAGAAAUGUUAUGGUAAAGUAAAGCGAAGCCAUCACUAGGAGGGGUCUCAACUGUGAACUCCGCUGCCCGGGUAGGGUCGAACAGGCCGUGAGGUGACACGGAGGUGGGAUGCUUAUGGAGCUUGUUUUCUGAACUUGGAGAUGUGGAUUAGACAAGGAAACAUUUAUUUUUAGAGACAAGAGAGAAGAGAGAAGAGGCCAGAGGAGAUAAAACAUAUUUUAGGUCCCAAAACAAAACUCUGCUGCCAUGCUUCUAUCAUCAGUCACACCAUGCCUUCCUUCGCAUACUCUCUUCUCUCUCAACAACAACAACAACAACAACAACAACUACUUAAACCAUCACAAUCGUCUUCUUGACUACUUGACCCAAUGCACCUCCUUCUCUCACCUCAAACAAAUCCACGCCCAAACCCUCCGCACCACCCACCACUCUCACACCCUCUUUCUCUUCAGUCGAAUCCUUCUCUCCUCAACCUCCUACGAUCUCCACUACGCUUUUCGACUCUUCCACCAAAUUCACAACCGCAAUUCCUUCAUCUGGAACACCCUCAUCAGAGCUUGUGCUCAUAGCAAUGCCUUCAAACAACAAGCCAUCCUUACUUACCUUGAUAUGUUGAAUGAUGGUAGUGUUGUGCCUGACAAACACACCUUUCCUUUUGUUCUCAAGGCUUGUGCUUACCUCUUUGCCUUAUCCCAAGGGAAACAAAUUCAGGCCCAACUUUUCAAACUUGGGUUUCAUUCAGAUGUUUAUGUAAACAACAGUUUGAUUCACUUCUAUGGGACUUGUGGGUGUUUGGAUAGUGCUCGCCAUGUGUUUGAUAAAAUGCCUGAAAGAAGUGUGGUUUCGUGGAAUGUGAUGAUUGAAGCACUUGUCCAGUUAGGUGAGUUUGAGAAUGCAUUGAAAUUAUUUGUUGAAAUGCAGAGCUUGUUUGAACCAGAUGGGUAUUCGCUGCAGAGUGUUGUAAAUGCGUGUGCUGGUUUGGGUGCUUUGUCUUUGGGGUUGUGGGUUCAUGCUUAUGUUUUGAGAAAGUGUGACAGUGAUAUAUCUGAUGAUGUUUUGAUGAACUCUUCGUUAGUCGACAUGUAUUGCAAAUGUGGGUCGUUAGAUAUUGCUAAGCAGGUUUUUGAGAGGAUGCAGAAACGCGAUGUAACUUCAUGGAAUUCGAUGAUUUUAGGACUCGCAAUGCACGGGCAAGCUGAGGCAGCAUUAGAAUAUUUUACCCGAAUGGUUGAUGAAGAUCUCAUGCCCAAUUCUGUCACGUUUGUUGGUGUUUUAAGUGCGUGUAACCAUAGAGGCAUGGUUGCCGAAGGUCGUAAGUAUUUCAAUGCAAUGAUAAGGGAUUACAUGAUUGAACCUGUGUUAGAGCACUAUGGUUGCUUGGUUGAUCUCCUUGCUCGUGCUGGCUUUAUUGACGAAGCAUUAGACCUUGUUUCAAACAUGCCCAUUAAACCUGAUGUGGUCAUAUGGCGGAGUCUUCUUGAUGCUUGUUGCAAGAAAAAUGCAGGCGUUCAGCUUAGUGAAGAAGUUGCCAAACAAUUAAUUGAGUCGGAGGGGGGUGUUUGUAGUGGCGUUUAUGUGCUCUUGUCUAGGGUCUACGGAUAUGCUAGUAAGUGGAAUGAGGUUGGUCUGGUCAGAAAAUUGAUGACCGAUAAGGGUGUAACAAAAGAGCCUGGAUGUAGUUCAAUAGAGAUAGACGGUGUUGCUUAUGAAUUCUUUGCUGGAGACACAUCUCAUCCUCAAACAAAAGAAAUAUACCAGUUUUUGGAUGAGAUUGAGGAAAAAAUUGAAUCCACAGGUUGUUAUAUACCUGACUUUUCACAAGCAACUCUGGUUGAUGAGCUUGAUCGUGGAAAAAAGAAUUCAUUGAGGCUGCACAGUGAGAGACUUGCCAUAGCUUUUGGGCUUUUAAACACAAGGCCAGGGGUGCCUAUCCGUGUAUUUAAAAACCUUCGGGUCUGCAAUGACUGUCACAAUGUGACCAAAUUAAUCUCGAGUAUCUAUGAUGUGGAGAUUAUUGUUAGAGAUCGUGCUCGAUUCCAUCACUUCAAAGAUGGAUCAUGCUCGUGCAUGGAUUACUGGUAACAGUUUUUUGCUUUUUGUUUAUUCAAGCAUAACUUUAUCAAUUUCAUCCAAUGCCACUGUAGAAAUGAAAACUGUUUUCAUGGUAAAAUUUGUAAACAGAAUUUUUUCAAAUGAAGGUAUUUUACAUGUAUGUUCCAA